GAAAGUCUGAAACGCAUGCGCAGUCAGCCAGUCAUUAUCAAAGAAGAAAUUUCUGGUGAAGAUUAUGAACAUUUUUACGUUCAGGAAGGCUUAGUGGAACAUUUAUGACCGUAAAAUGAGGCAAUGGCGUGUCUAGAAAAGUUGAAGAACGACAUAAGGCGGUUAGAAUGCGCAUUCCCGGCAGAUCAUGCCAGGUUCCGCGUAGUGUCAGCUUCCGUUGAUGAACUUUCUUGCUGUUUAAUCGGCAAAAAUGACACCAUUUAUAUUAUAAAUGGAAAUAUUCCAGUAAGAAAAUAUUUUUUCUUUAUUGCUUCUUUAACAGAAUUUAUUUAACCUGCUUCAAUAUAUUUUUCAUCUAUGAAUAAUAUAUUGUCUACAGCUGUUAGGCAUCUCACCUUUUGACCCCAUUACCUUCUAAUUAUUUAUUUAUUUUUUUAAUUUUUUUACUAAUCUGUGGAGACUUGUAAUUUUUCAAAGUUAUACAAGACAGUUAUUAACUUUAAAUCAAAACUAACGGCUAGAAAACGAAAUAAGGAAACACGGAGGAAAUUGUAAAGAAUUUCAAAAGUUACCCUUCUUUCCCGCUUCUUCUUGACAGUAAAAAUCGAAAUAUCGCAUUUCUUAACAAUUCAAAUGGAUAUUUUACAAGAUUUAUACUCCUAAUUCGUUUAUUUUCGAGCCAAAAUGAGAUAGAUUAAUUAUAAACGUCUAACUACUAGUUGAAGAUGCCUAAUCAUAAGAAAACCGCAAUAAGUUGAUAAAUUUUUCUAUUUUAACGGUUUUAUCAAUACUAAUUGUAUUAAAUUAACAAAAGAAUUAAAUACAUUUUAAUCUUUUCUAUUUGCAGGAAGAUUAUCCUAAUUCACCGCCCGUCUGGUAUGUCGAUACAGAAGAUAGCAGUAUUGCUGCUGCUAUUAAAGAAAUAAUGUCAAUGGGGGAUUCCAAAUAUUUUCCACUUCUGCAUCAAAUUGAAUUAAUUUUGAAAAAGCUGUGCCACGUACUCAAUGUACCUGUUCCUAGGGAGUUGCAAAUGGUGGCAUCAAACCAUAUUAAAGAGCCUGAAAGCUCAGAUUCUGAAAUGGAAGUAGAUGAUGAUUAUUACGAUAUGGAGGAGGAUAUUUCUGAAGGAAAGAGUAAACAGGAAUUUGACGGUAUAUCCGCUAGAAAUCUCGCAACGUUAGAAAAAUUAAAACAUAAUCAACGACAAGAUUACUUAAAAGGUUCCGUAUCCGGUUCUGUGCAAUCUACUGAUAGGCUAAUGAAAGAACUGCGGGAGAUAUAUAAAUCUGAAAGUUAUAAAAAGAGCAUAUAUGCCGUUGAACUCUUGAACGACAGUUUAUACGAGUGGCACGUCAAAUUAUAUAAAGUCGAUCCAGAUUCGGCACUUUAUGGAGACCUUUCCGCCUUCAAGGAAAAAGAGGGCAAAGACCAUAUUCUCUUGUCUUUUACUUUUAAAGAUACAUUUCCUUUCGAUCCACCUUUUGUUCGAGUCAUAGCCCCCAUUAUUAAUGGAGGAUAUGUAUUAGGGGGUGGUGCAAUAUGUAUGGAAUUGCUAACAAAACAAGGUUGGAGUUCAGCAUAUAGUAUGGAAAGUGUAAUCAUGCAAAUAGCCGCCACAUUGGUCAAAGGAAAAGCAAGAAUCCAGUUUGGAGCUUCGAAAAGUCAAUAUAGUUUGGCCAGGGCGCAACAGAGCUUUAAAAGUUUGGUACAAAUUCACGAAAAGAAUGGUUGGUUUACCCCCCCAAAAGAAGACGGUUAACCAAUGCAUUUUUUAGCAAAUUUGAAACUCAACUGCUAAAACUCUAAAAUUCUACUAAAAAAUACUGAUGCAUGUAUAUGUUUUUGUAUAGUACGUACUUAUCCUUCGACAUGUGGUACGGUGGACCGAUUCAAAAUGGAUAAACUGUUAAAUUUCGUCAGUUAUUCAGCCAUCUUACUGCUCAUUUUUUAUGUCGUAAAUGAAAAAAAAAAAUACAUGUUGGCCUUUUAUAUUUCCUAAAAUCCAUACAUAUAUAAGCGGUACCUUAUUUACAUUUUCUCAUAUACUGUAUAUAUAUAUAUAUAUAUAUAUAUAUAUUUAAACUUGAAACAAAGCAUUCAACGACGAUGAUGAUGAUAUUUAUGUAAAAUAGGAUAUUUUAUUAUAUAUGUAUGAUUAAAAGUAUUCAAGAGAAAAAACCCUUUUUAAGUAUAUAUAAAUAUUUAUAUAUACAUUGUAUAUCAACAAAUGUACAGCAAUAAACGAAACGAAAGUCG